AUAACUCGCCACUUAUCGAUACCCUGCCCAGCUAAAUUAAUAAUCUUUUAAUUAUUUGGCGAACAGAGGAGCACCGCAGCUGGGAUGUUGGGCUUUCUGCAGGCACUGCAAGGCAGCGGAACCGCGACGGAGCAGCUGCCCGGCGACAUAUACACCGAGUUCUUCGCGGACAUCCUGCUGGCGGCCCGGGAAAAUGGCUGCAAGCCGGAGGCUCCAGAGAAAACGCAGGGAUUCAACAUGCUGCGCACCUUCGACACGGAGAACAGCAAUCAAUUGGAGCCGCCGGCGCCCACGGAUGAGGAUGUCUGGAUCUUCGGCUACGGCUCGCUGGUGUGGAAGGCGGACUUCCCGUACAUAGACCGUCGGCGCGGCUUUGUUGGGGGCUUCAAGCGCCGCUUUUACCAGCACAGCAUCGAUCACCGGGGCAUCCCAGAGCGUCCUGGUCGCGUGGUCACUCUGCUGCCGGGUGAACCCGACCAGGACCGGGUCUACGGCGUGGCCUAUCGCAUUGCCGCGAGUCAGAAGGGCGCUGUGCUGGACCACCUGGACUACAGGGAGAAGAAUGGCUACGAGCGGUGCAGCUUGGAGUUCCACGAGUACACGAGUGCCACCGCUGGCGAGCCCAUCCAGGUGAUCAUGUACGUGGCCACGCAGGCGAACGACUCGUAUGCCGGCGAUGUCUGGCAAGUGCCCUGCAUCGCGAAGCAAAUCUUCAGCUCCGCCGGUCCCAGCGGACCCAAUCGCGAGUACCUGUUCAACCUGGCCACCGCCAUGGAGCAGCUCUUUCCCGGCGCCCUGGACGAGCACCUGGAGGAGCUGGUGGCCUGCGUGCGCCGUUACAUUGCCGAGGAUGAGCCACAGCUAUUGCAACAAGCCCUGUUGCAUGAGAUAGCCGCAAUUCUGAAAGACGAACAGCUGGCUGGUCAAGCUCAGCGUCUGGAGGAGCUGCUGGAACGUUGCCAGCAGCCUGGCGGUCGCGAGUGGCUGCUCCACAAGGCCCUGCAACCCAAGCGCGAGGCGUGACCCCCACCUGUUCCACUAGCGAAUUACUAUUUAUGUUAAAUGCCAAUGAGCCUGGGCUGGGUGUUUCCGCAGAUGCACCAUUCCAAAUAGACCGAUUAUAAUGACGUGGUACGGAGAUUUCGACGAAUCAGGGAACCGCAAACAUAAUUACUAUUGUGAUUUAAACUCAAUGACGUUAAAUAAAAUAUUUAUUACAAAUACUAGCGACAAUGACAAACAGAAAUGCUUUGCAAUUGAUAAAACCACAAUUGUGAUUUUAAAUUAAUAAACUGAUAUUAAAUACAAAA